CGACUCACGCUGCAGAGGCUCGAGCAGGCAUCGAGUCGUGUUGGCGCGGGAGCAGGGGGGGAUGAUUAAUUAGUCAAAUAAAAAACUCGGUAACGUGACACGGCUACGGAUAAUACACUAAGGGAUACGAAUGACGAAGGUGUUGGUGUCAGAGAGGACUCAAAACGUGUGGGAUCAUCUCUUUUCAUAUAAGGGGCGAGUCCUCUUCAUGCAGCUGAGCACGGGCCGAGUACGAGCCACGCAUCAUCCGGCGGAAUGUCUGGCGUCUGUGGAAGUACGGCAUGCAAGCUGUGGUAGGGUCCGCUGUGCUGUCAGCAACUCGGUGCGACGGGGGUGCGGUGGAGCACACCAGUGAUGCACUUGCACUUCACCUCACUGGACGCGAGUGACGUUGGGCUUUAACGGAACCAAACAUAUUGGCCCAAUGCCGGAUGUCAAACGGCAUUUGAAUAGCUCGUCAGAGUUGAAGUAGGAGAUCGUGUGCCAUCCAGAUCGUCAUGAAACGAAGCAGGAUUGUUUAAAGUCAUAGUCUGUUGAAACUUGUCUUUUUGGGGGGUUUGCGCGAAGGUAAAUUUGCUGAACGCGCACGUAGUCUUCGGACAUGGGAAAUGUAAACAUUGACGCUGAGUUCUGAGACACAUGUGUGCGCACUUGCCCCUCUCUGCAACGGUCAAGAUGGACCGUGACGAGUUGGACCAGGAGGACGGAUUGGACGGUCCAGUCCAUGGACCUCACCGAGUGAGGCCAUCCUCCUACCGAGCCCUCCGGAGCGCUGUGUCCAGCCUGGCGAGGAUAGACGACUUUUUCUGCGAGAAAAUUGGCUCGGGAUUUUUCUCCGAAGUUUUCAAGGUGCAGCACAGGACCAGUGGCCAGGUGAUGGCGCUGAAAAUGAACACGAUGGCCUCCAACAGAGCCAACAUGCUGAAGGAGGUGCAGCUCAUGAACCGCCUCUGCCACCCCAACAUCCUCAGGUUUGUGGGCGUGUGUGUUCAUGAGGGCCACCUGCACGCUCUGACUGAGUAUAUUAACGGGGGGAACUUGGAGCAGCUGUUGGACAGUGAGAUAGUGUUGUCGUGGGCAACAAGGAUCAGCCUUGCGCUGGACAUCAGCAAAGGUCUGCAGUACUUGCACAGUAAAGGAAUCUUCCACCGGGACCUGACGUCAAAGAACUGCCUAGUGCGCUGGGAGGCUGGCCUGUGCACUGCUGUGGUGGGGGACUUUGGUCUGGCUGAGAAGAUCCCGGACUGCAGUGACUGCUCCAACAGGCUGGCCAUCGUCGGCUCCCCCUACUGGAUGGCACCAGAAGUGCUGCGAGGAGAGCCGUACAAUGAGAAGGUGGAUGUCUUUGCAUUUGGAAUCAUUCUCUGUGAGAUCAUUGGUCGUAUCAAGGCUGAUCCAGACUUCUUGCCCCGCACUGAGGACUUUGGGCUGGACGUGGCUGCGUUUGAGCUCAUGGUGGGAGACUGCCCACCAGGCUUCCUCGCCCUGGCUGUGAUCUGCUGCAGUAUGGAUGCUGCAGGUCGUCCCUCAUUCUCCGAGGUAGUCUGUGAGCUGGGAGAGCUGCAGGGGGAGGGGGAAGCUCGAGAUGAACUGCCUAAUAUAGAAGACUCUACAGCCUCUCUCGAUAUCAUCAUGGAGAGGAGGCAGUCCCUCUGUUGCCCUGGCGACCCUCACCUGUCCUACAGCCAAUCAGACAUGCUAUCCCUGACCACGCCCCCUCGACUGACCCAGCCCUCUCCCCAGACAGCACCCCUGACUCGGGUCAACCCCUUCUCCCAGAGAGAAGACCUGAAGGGGGGCCGGAUCAAACUCUUUGACACGCCCAGCAAGUCUGUCAUCUCGUUGACCUUUGACCUUCCUCCGCCCCCCGACCCGUCCGACCCGAGCCACUGUGGGCGAAACUCUCCGAGGGCCCACCGGCGCACCCAGUCGCUGCCAUGCAACCCCCCGCUUACCCUCCUACCCAAUGGGACGACAGCAUGCCCCACCGGGAAGAGGACGGACGCUCCGACCAGCGACAGUGAGAUGGACUCACCAAACGAAAACCCCGCUUGUCGCAUCUUACCAAACAAAGUUGACACGGACCCAGCCAGGCCUGUGGAUCAGUCUUCCCGUGUGAGGAACUCCGAAAGUCCAGCUGUUCACGCCGUACCCCAUGGGAUGGCGUUGGGCUUGUCUGCUGACGACCGUGCCCUGGACAAUCGCCCCAAGAGCUUGGCGCUAACACUCAUUAGCACUGUUGCAGAUCUGGGUCACACAGCUGCUGCGGACCAAUCACAGCAGGCUGUGGCUGACAGGGAGACUCUGGUUCGGGGAGUGGAGGACGUGGAUCUCGGCAGCCCAGAGCACAUAGGAGAGGGGGGCGCUGAGCAUGGAGAAAAGGAAGAGGGGACGAGUGCACAGGCUCCAGUGGACGACUCUGGCCUGGAGUUCCCCUCCCUGGAGCUAGUGAUGGAGGAGGAGAAGGAGGGAGAGGAGGCUGAGGCUUCUGGGGAGCCGAUGGACUGCAGGGCCUCCCCUGAGCCACCAGAGGGCACUGCUGACAAACGGUUGCACCUGGACAGCAGCACUACGUCCCGAACUCCAGGCGACGCUGGGAAGCGGCCUCCAAAAGACUGCAGUGCUCCCUCCAAGACACUAGAGAGUGCUGGUGUACAUUUGAAUCUAGAUGGCAACAUUCCUUGUGGCGCACUGGAUGGUAGUGGAGUGGAGUCUCUCUCAAAUGGCUGGAGUUCCCCCCUCUCCAACAGCCCUCCGUCUUUAGACACUCAUGACAACAACAACGGCCCAAUCACACAGCCUGUGGGUUGGGGAGGUGGGAUCAAUGGCUACCACCCCACCUCCACGAGCACCACUCAGACUCCGUUUGACAGUCCCUCACCUGAGUACGAUGAGGUCAUUUCCUGCCCCGGUUGCUGCCUGGCUGGUCUAAGACUGCCUUCGCUCUGUAUCCGCGCACCCGCCUCCCGCUCCACGCCAGCCUAUAAAAACCUCAACAGAGACUCCACAGCCAAUCAGGGACUGCUCUGCCCAGCUCCGCCCACAAGUAAACGCCCAGCUCUGAAUGCGCAGAAGAAUGUGUGAGGGUGAAAUGGACUUUAGUGAGCGCGCUGGUUUGAAUUCAUGUUGUACAGUCUGUAUUUUCUUCUGAAGCACCUGCAUUAUUAAUAUAAAUAUUAUUGAAUUGUUGUUUUUGUUUUCUGAGAUGGGAAAAUUUAUUUUGUUUUCAUGACUGGAUUGAAUAAAUAAAGAGACUUGACUUGC